AUCGGGCAGGAGAGCUCGGGGGCGGUGCCCGCGGCGACGCUCUCUCAGGGCGACGCGGCCACGCCUGCCGCCGGCAACCCCUUCGCGGGCCUGGUCGCGGCACCGCCGGCUGCGGCCACCGCCAAGGCGGCCGAGGAGAGUGCAAGCCCGCCAGCGUCCGCCGCGGCCGCCGCGACUUCCGAGGAGCCCGCGGCCGUGCCCGCGGAGGCCACGCCCGCGGGCGGGGAGGCGGCGCAAACCGCGCCCGUGAAGGUGGAGACGCGGGAGGACUUCUGGAAGGUGCAGGUGGAGGCUGUAUAUCGCAAGCGAAAUCCCUACAAGCUGGGCGAGGUCAAGGGCCUGAUGGAGAAGUACAAGGGAAAGGAGGCCGCCCUGUACGCGAAGGUCUGCAAGAGGUACGACCUCGACCCCAAGAAGCUCUAUGCCGAUCCCAAGGCGUGGGAGAGCGAGGACAAGGACGUCAAGGACGAGGACGGCGAAG